CCUAAACCAUUUCGGGUGUUGGAUGCCUGGCAGUAACAUCCAGAAUUCAAGAAAGCAGUAGAAAAUAAGUGGAAUGAGCUUCAGGUGGAAGGGUUUGCAGGAUAUAGAUGUAAACAGAAGCUAAAAAUGUUGAAAGAGUUCUUAAAAGGCUGGAAUCGUGAAGUGUUUGAGGGUAUGGAAGCCCAAUUCAACAAAGCAGCUAAAAAGGUGGAGCAUGUUGAUAUGAAGAACGAGGAGGGUGAGUUGGAAGAUUUUGAGCUGGAAGAGAGACAUGAGGGAUUUCAAGAGAUGUGGGCAGCCAUGAGGAAGAAGGAAGCCAUAUGGAAGCAAAAAUCAAGAAGCAAUUGGGUGCAGCUGGGUGAUGCAAAUACAAGAUUUUUCCAUAGAGUGGCAAAUGGUACAAGGGCUCAAAAUAGCAUUUCAGGAGAAGACUGGAAACGCCCCAGGACUGCUGGAAUAAAAUUUAAGCAGAUUUCUCAAGAGAGGAAGGAGUGGCUAGAAAGACCGUUUUCAGAAGAGGAGAUUGAAGAAGGUUUGAGGAGCUGUGAAGGAACUAAAGCUCUAGGGCCAGAUGGGUACAACUUUAACUUCCUCAAGUGUGUCUGGCAUAGCAUAAAGGAGGACUUUGUGAGCUUUUUUAAGGAAUUUCAUCAAAAUGGCAGGUUAGUGGGAGGGCUGAACUCUUCUUUUUUAACUCUAAUUCCAAAGAAGUUGAGCCCAACGGAAUUGAAGGACUAUAGACCUAUAAGUUUGAUUGGGUGUGUGUAUAAACUGCUGGCUAAGGUAAUAUCUCACAAACUAAAGACAGUUAUGCCAAAGAUAAUAAGUGAUACUCAAUCAGCAUUCUUAGGGGGUCGGCAAUUGGUUGAUAGCAUCUUAGUUUUAAAUGAAGUAGUGGACGAGGUCAAGAAGAUGAAGAGGCAAGCUUUUGUGUUCAAAGCAAACUUUGAAAAAGCUUAUGAUUGUGUAGAUUGGGAGUUUUUAGACUGGAUGAUGGGUAGUUUUGGCUUUGGCACUAAGUGGCGAGGAUGGAUAAAAGAAUGUCUCUCGACAGCAAGGGUAUCGAUUCUAGUGAAAGGGAGUCCAACGGAGGAGUUUAAGAUGGGGAAAGGAUUACGACAAGGGGAUCCGCUAUCUCCGUUUCUUUUCUUGAUGAUUGGUGAAAGGUUACAUGAUUUGGUAAAUAAGGCAGAGACUGAGGAUAUGUUUCACAGGAUACCAAUUGGUACAAGGGGGUUGGAUGUGUCUUUACUCCAAUUUGCUGAUGAUACAGUAAUUAUGGGAAGAGCUAACAGUUCGAAUAUUUUUAUGGUGAAAUGUAUUUUGAGGUGGUUUGAGUUAAUGUCUGGAGUGAAGAUUAAUUUUAGUAAAAGCAGCGUAUGUGGAUUUAAUGUGUUGGAAAGGUGGUUGAAAGGGGUAGCAAGAGUUUUGCAAUGUGGAGUUGGCAAAACACCUUUCAUUUGCUUAGGAAUGCCAGUUGGAGGUAAACUAGGGAGUAAGAAGUUCUGGAGGAAGAUACCAUGGGUUAACUGGGAGUUAGUUUGUUGUAGUAGGAUGAAGGGUGGUUUAGGAGUGCCAGAUCUAUGUAGGAGAAAUUGGGCAUUACUUGGGAAAUGGUGGGCUAGAUUGGGUGAUGGAUUGGAGAGUUUAUGGAAACAGGUGGUUAGGGAGAAAUAUUAUGGAGGUAGGAGGAAGGUGGAUAUUACUGGAGUAGAAAGUGGAAGAGUGUCUAAGAUUUGGAAUGAUGUUGUUAAAAUAGGAGGGAUGUCUGCGGGCUUAAGGAAUUUGUUGCUGAAGAAAGGCAAGGAGGACCACUGGUGGUGGAUUCAUGGACUGGAUGGACAGUAUGUGGUGAAAACAGCUUAUGAGGCUUUGGCACCUAUAAAGUGCACUCUUGUGGACCAAUUUUGCAAGAUGAUCUAGUGUAGAUUAGUCCCUUCCAAAGUGGGUUUUUUUGGUUGGAGACUAUGUCUUGAUAGACUCCCAAAAAAGGUGAAUUUACUAAAAAAGAGGGGUGGUUUUGCAGGAGGAGAGUUUAAUGUGUGGCUUGUGUGAUGGUAUGUUAAAGGAGGCUAACCAUCUCUUUUGUACAUGUAAGGAGGCUUGGUUGGUUUGGGUGAAUAUGCUGCACUGGUGGGGUAUGGAGGUUGUGUUUCCAAAUACAGUGGAUGGAGUUGC